AUGCGUUUCGCUCUUUCCAGUCAAGUCGCGGCUGCGGCGCUGCUUCUGGCGUCCCCUACUUCUGCGCAGGACAUCUACGCCCGUAACUACCAGAUCGAAAACUUGCCAGCCUCGAAAUUGACCCACGUCCUCUACUCCUUUGCCAACGUCAAUGCCACAACCGGCGAGGUCUACCUCAGCGACAACUGGGCGGACAUUGACAGGGGCCGUCCUUCCGGCGAUACGAAGAACCUCUAUGGUUCGCUAGCCAGCCUUUACAAGUUGAAGAAGAACAACCGACAAUUGAAGACCUUGUUAAGCAUUGGAGGCGCGAGCUACAGCCCCAACUUCGCAGGCCCUGCCGGCACGGCUUCAGGUCGCGCAAAGUUCGCACAAUCUGCCGUCCAGCUCUUGAUGCACCACGGCUUCGACGGGCUGGACAUCGACUGGGAAUUUCCCAGCGACAGCACUCAAGCCGCCAACUAUCUCAGACUCAUGCAAACCGUGAGGGCACAGCUAAGCAGCUAUUCGAAACAGCUUUCCGGCGCGCCUCAGUUCCUUCUGACAGCCGCCGUGUCCGCGGGUCCAGACAAGUACAAUCUUCUCAACAUCACGGCUCUCAACUCUGUUCUGGAUAUGUGGAACCUUAUGGCCUACGACUACUCUGGUCCAUGGGACAAGGUCGUUGGUCACCAGGCGAACCUGUUCGUCAACACUUCCAACUCCGCCAGCACGCCGUUCAACUCCGACUAUGUGAUCAAGCAGUACAUCGCCAAGGGUGCUAGCGCGAGGAAGAUGAUCUUGGGAAUGCCGCUUUACGGAAGGCAGUUCGCGCAGGCCACCGCUCCUGGCAAGGCUUUCAGCGGCACUGGAAGUACUGGGUCGUGGGAGGCUGGUAUUUGGGAUUACAAGGCAAUUCCAGCAUCCGGCUCAAGCAGCACCUUCAAAAUUUACACCGAUACACAAGCCAUCGCAUCAUGGAGCUACGACAGCAGCUCCAAAAUGCUCAUCUCCUUCGACACGCCUCAAAUCACCCGAGCCAAGGCUAAUUACGUUACAAGCAGAGGUCUGGGAGGAGGCAUGUGGUGGGAAGGAAACGGUGACUUCGCCGCUACGGAUUCGAGGAGCUUGAUCGCGGCGUUCACGAAUGUCAUUACGCAGAGAGACACGACGCAGAAUGUGCUGAGCUAUCCGUAUAGCAAGUGGGAUAACGUGAGGGCGGGAAUGCCGUAG